CAGAGACAGAGUGUCAGUUAAGGAGUCUCUGAUAUCUGUCUGAGUUGGUGUUCAUCUGUGAACUGAGCUCAGAAUGAAGAUCCUCCUCAUCUUCACCCUCUUCCUGAUUUCAGUAGGUGGAGGAGAAUCAGAGAGAGUGACAGGAUAUUCAGGAGGAGGAGUCCUCAUCAAGUGUACAUAUGAGACACAAUACACAUCAAACCAGAAAUAUCUCUGUAAGGGUUCACUGUUAAUCUGUGCUGACCAAAUCAAGACAGGAGUUAAAAAUGAGUGGAUAAAUAGAGGAGAUUCUCACUGUUUGAUGACACCAGAGCUGCACAGUUCUGGGUGGUGAUCAGAGAGCUCACUGUAGAGGAUUCUGGAAUGUACCACUGUGGAGCUGAGAAAUAUUUCGCCAUUAUCAUCCAUACACCAGUUCAACUGAAUGUGAAGGAAGAUCUGUCCUAUGAGAAGAGCAUCAGUGUGAUUGGCCAUGUAGGAGAAAGUGUGAACAUCAGCUGCAAAUACCCACAAUCCCACAGCAGUGACCCCAAGUUUCUCUGUAGGAGAGUGGACACUGCUGACUGUAAUUAUGAAACAUCUGUUAAAGAGAGCAGAAGAUGGAUAAAUGAGGGAAAACUGUAUCUACAUGAUGAUGGAAAGCAGAUCUUCACUGUGAGCAUCAGCAGUCUGACUGAGGGAGACUCUGGUGAAUACUGGUGUGGAGCUGAAUCAGACUGGACAUCUGAUCAUGGAUACAAGGUUUAUAUCACACAGAUCAACCUCAGGGUUACUGGUGAGUAG